AUGCCACAGACUUGCGACGGAGUUGACACAUCACUUGGGUCUGGAACAUCAAGCAAUGGAAGCCAGUGGAAGAUAUUCGUGCACAUAGAGGAAACGACAACGUACUUCGACAUACCGAUGGAUGUCACCGCUACAGCCCAUGGUGAGGUCAAGGUUAGAGCAGCCACAGAUCCGCCACCGGAUGGAGGGUGGAGGGCAUGGUUAUGCGUCCUAUGUGGCCAUUUCAUUUUCAUGAAUACUUGGGGCUUCAUCAAUAGCUUCGGGAUCUUCCAAACUUAUUAUACCUCAGUCUUAGACCUCCCAGCUGCGGAUGUCUCAUGGAUUGGCUCAAUCCAAGUGUUCCUGAGCUUUUUCAUUGGUGCCGUGGUCGGGCGUUACACCGAUGCUGGUUACCUGCGCCUCAUGCUAGUUUGCGGUGCAACCUUGAUACUCGUGGGUAUCUUUACGGCCUCAUGUGCUACUCAAUACUGGCAAUUAGUCCUUUCUCAAGGGAUAUGUUGCGGACUUGGCAACGGCUUUCUCGUCACCCCAGCUGUUGCUGUUGUUUCGACGUAUUUUGAGCGGAAACGCUCGUUGGUGAUUGGCCUUACCACUUGUGGAUCCGUUACGGGCGGGCUCAUAUUCCCUGCUAUGGCUAGGCAACUCAUACCGACCAUCGGAUUUGCGUGGACGCUUCGUGCCAUUGGUUUUGUUCAACUCGCAACACUGGCCGUUAUAAUGGCCUUUAUGAAGUCACGACUACCUCCACAAAGCCCCUACCAUCUAGUGGAUUGGGCCUCUUUUAAAGAACGGGAGUAUACAUUCUUCACUGUGGGAAUGUUUUUUAACUUUUGGGCUGUCUUUUUCGGUUAUUUUUUUCUCGGUUCAUUUAGCCGAGAUGUUAUCGGGCUAACUUAUGUUGAAUCGUUGAACCUUCUUUUGGUCCUCAAUGGUGUCGGCAUCAUUGGCCGAACUCUACCUAAUUACUUGGCUGACAAAGUAGGACCCCUUGGUAUGUUGAUACCGGCCUGCCUACUAGCGAGUGUCAUGGUCUUUUCUUGGAUUGCAGUCCAUACAUUGAGCCAACUAUACGCCUGGACAGUUUUAUAUGGAAUUAUUGGUGGAAGCAUUCUCAGCCUCUUCCCUGCUGGCAUUUCCAGUUUAACCACAGAUUUAAGCACGCGAGGAGCCCGCAUUGGUAUGAAUUUUACUGUCAUCAGCUUUGCCGUUUUGACUGGAAAUCCAAUUGCCAGCGCGAUUAUCGCGGCUCAGCACGGCGCUUACAUCGGUGCCCAAGUAUUCAUGGGUAUCAGUUUGUUAGUUGGAAUGGUAUUCAUUUACUUCGCCCAAAUUAUAAAGGAAAAGAGCGCAUAA